UGAUCUGGCUAUCGUGGCGAGAGAACUCGGCUUCGUCGACUAACACCCUCAACAAGAGCCGGAAUGGCCUCAGCGGUGUAUCCCGUUUACCCACAGGCGGUAGUCCUGCCAAUUCUUUCCAUCCUUUCCAUCCUUUUGAGCAUCGUUCCCCUGGCCCUGCACUGGAAAAACCGAAACUACCCUGCGAGCAGCCUCAUCUGUUGGUACCUGAUCCUCAACGUGUUCAAUACCAUCAACGCUCUGAUCUGGCCAACGGAUGAUAUUGCAUCAUGGUGGGAUGGCAAUGGACUCUGCGAUUUGGAGACCAAGAUCAUGAUUGGCAGCUACAUUGCUAUCCCUGGCACCUUGGUCUGUAUCUUCCGCAACCUCGCCAUCGUGCUGGAUACCAGACGUGCGGCUCUUGUCCCUACCAGAUCGCAGCGUUGGUGGAACCGUGGAAUGGUUCUUCUAUUCUGUGUGGUCGCCCCAGUCAUUGCUAUGAUCACGAACUACGUCUACCAAGGGAAACGGUACCUCCUAUUUGCCAUUGCCGGCUGCAUGAAUGCCUACGAUGAGAGCUGGGUGACCCUUGUGCUAGCAGAAAUCUGGCCAAUCAUCAUUUGUAUCAUUGCUGGAUAUUACUGUAUCCUCGUGUUGCAUCGCCUCGGGAAAUAUCGAAGCCAGUUCGGCGAGAUCCUCCAAGCGUCCAGCAGCAAUCUGACCAAGUCGCGGUUCAUGCGGCUGUUUCUGCUUGCCUUUCUCAUGCAGUUGGCUAUCAUACCGGUGCAAACCUACGUGUUUUCCACAAAUAUCGCUCACACUCUGCCGUGGCAUCCCUUUUCAUGGACUGCCGUUCACGGUCCGGACUGGAAUCACAUCUUCAAGGUCCCUAUGAAAGGCCAAGUCUUCUACGAUCGCUGGAUCCCAGUCUCGUCAGGGUACAUGUUCUUCAUCUUCUUCGGCAGCGGCAGAGACGCCUCGAAGAUGUAUCGUGCCGUCUUGCGGUUCUUGGGAUUUGGCCGGUGCUUCAAUCCUCUCAAUUCGACCAGAGCCAACGACUCCUCCGCAACAGGAUCCAGAUCCACGGGUAGUCGCGCAAAGCUUCUAUUCCAUAAAAGAUGGACCUCGACGGCAAGGACACAUAUGGGCAACUCAGUCGACAGCACUCCCUCAGCUCGUAACUACCACGACAUCGAAAAGGGCCCCACGUCUCGACCCAAACAAUCACAGUGGACAUCAUGGUAUCGACGACCCUGGCAUCUGUUGAACCCACCCCCCUCUCUCAGCCACGAAAGGAUAGUCCUCCAAAACAUGCCCGAGCACUCCAACACCGUUUCCACAAACGCCUGGGCCGCAACGACGGUGAGUCGUGGGAGCAGCGACCUUGGCAACGCCACGCCUGCAGAUGACCAUAUCCGGGUGAAGCAGGUCAUCAGCCAAGAGAGCGAGCUGCAUUUGUAAUUUUGCCUAUUUUUGCAGAG